AUGGCACUGGUCCCAUAUGACCCUGAAGACAAGAAGUGUGCUUCAGCUCUGGCGGAAGCCUGGGAGAAAGUCACUGUCCUUGGAAAAGCUAUGACUCGGGAGACCUUGGUCCAGAACUUUGAAGUUUUGGCGCUAGCCAUAAAGUACGUUGGUACUCGGGACGAAAGCGAUGAUGAGGAAGAAUGGGAAAGUGAGGAGGAGACAGAUGAUAAUGAGAUGGAAGUAGGAAGAGACUGCUUUGGCUUCUCCGAAGACAAGCUCGCCAAUGUCAAUGGCCUCACUCAAGACGCCGGAGCUCCAGGGAAAGAGAAGACUAAGGAGGCCGAGGGAAAGGAAGAUCAGAAGGAUGCAGAGCUGGGGCCAAAAACGACAUUUGAGGAGGGCAGCCCAAAGGAAGAUCAGAAGAAACCAGUGCUUGUGCCUGAGCCCACAGAGAAGAGUAGGGAGGCUGAAGGUCAGAAGGGCGAAGGGCUCAAGCCAAAAGAGAAGAUGAAGGAGGCAGAGGACAAAGACGACACAGGUGGAAAGGGAGUUCGAAGUGCAGAGGCUGAGAUCAAUCAAGAUGAUGGCAAGUUGACAGAGAAGACGAAGGGAUCCAAGAAGACUUUGCCAGGACCAACUUGGCCCUUAGACUCUCAUCCGGACAGGGUGAGGGAAUACUUGGUUAAGUGGAACAUGCUGAGCAAAGUAGAGGACAAGCCGGUGGAGGCAAAUCUAGCGACAGCCAAGGAUGAGAAAAACCUACUUCAAGAGAGACAGAGGCCAGACGGUUGGGCAGAGGUUGGUGACUUUGUCCAGCCUGGAGUCCAGGCCCCGCAAAAGCCGCGAGGAAGGAAGAAGAAAACAAAGAAUGAUGAUGGCAAUGAAAAUGAUGGCAGGGAUUUGAACGAUUCCAAGCCCAAGCCAAGCAGCAGUAGAGCACCCAAGAAAAGACCAGAGAAGGAUGACAAUGAGGAUGGCCUGGGAGCCGGGCCUGAGACGAAGAAAGGUACACGCAAGAGAGCGCCCGAGAAGACUGAGGCAGAGGAUGGCGACGGAAAGGAAGCAGAUCAGAGGAGUCAGAAGAAAGAUGUGGAGGCAAAGAAGACGACCCGACAGGCAGCUGUCAACAAGAAGGCACAGAAGAAAGAUGAGCCAAAAGACAAGAAGAAAGAGAAUGAGGAUCCAGGACAGAAGGUGGAGGAUUCGAAAGUCUUGGAGCGCCAGACAAAGAGUGCAAAGAGAAAGAAGCAAAACAAUGACGAUGAUGAUGAUGCUGAGGCAUCCCACAAGAAAGCCAAGAGCGCAAAGGAAAAGGAGGCUGCAGAGAAGAAUGGAGAUGGGGACAAGAGAGAUAGUCCCGGGCCUGAGCCGAAGAAACGCGCAUGCAAGAGAACACCCGAGCAGGCUGAGGAGCAGGAUCAGGACAAAGAUGAAUACAAAGAGAUGGAAAAGCAAGAGCAGAUGGACACACAAGAGCAGAAGGACAAAGAGGAGGACAAAGAGAUGGAUGAGUCGCAGCAGAGCAACCCACAUGAGGGCAAACGCCCAUAUGAGCCAGAGCAGAACAACCCGGACCCAGGAGUGGCAAAGUCUGAGGAGCCAGAGACCGCAGAGCCAGCAGAGCCAGAGAAUGAAGAUGGACGUGACGAGGAGCGAGGCCGACGAAGGAGCAGACAACCCCGGGACCUGACAGUAGCACAACGUGAGGCAAGAGCCAAGGCCAGCCGCAAGAGCUCAGCUUACCAUGUGGCUCGAAGCCGAGCCUUGAGGAAUGGAUGCUGUGAAGAGACUGCAAAGCAGAUCGGAAAGCGUGUUCGACUUUCUGUAGCUUCCUACGACAUCAAACUUGGUGGUGCUCGCGAUCUACCUUUGCAUGUGCCUAGGUCGGAAGCUGAUGUCACAAGUAUGGACAGUCCGGCGGCGGAGGAGGAGAACGAGGAGGAGGCGGAGGCUGCCCAACGUCGUAUAGACCAGCUGACCCGAGAGAUUGGAGCUCUGGAUGGGGUGCCGGAGAAACCACAAUCUGGGGAAGGAACUCAUCUUCACGAGCCUCGAUCGGCUGGCAAUUUUGUCCCUGGAUGGGCACAUGCCUCAGCAGGUGAGCUUACAGAGCGCCAAUUGAGGCAUGCCCCUACUAUGCGUUUGGAAGACACCUUGAGUCGGGACAGCUUGGAGGUGGCCGCAACCCCAAAGAGAGUUGACAGCUCCCCAGCCCAAUCGCCAGUUGAACCAGACAAUCAGACUACUCCAUUUGAUCAACGUCAGGUGAACCCAGAUGCCCAUUUCACAAUUCGUUUUACCCCUGGUUGGGAAUAUGUUUUGGAUGCCGCCUUGCACAACAUGGGGGAGCCAUAUACGGACUUUGUGAUUGAGGACAAAUUUGGUCAUUCCUAUCCCAUAGAUGGUGAAGGGAAAUUGGCCCGUAUGCCAUCGGGUGCCGAUGUGUUUCCCUUGAGCCUUCUGUCAGCCCCACCUCCAGAAGAAGUUGAGCCCGGUGCCCCGCUGGAACCAACACAUGAAACGCAUGAGAGUGAAAAGGAGAAAGAGGUUGAUGAUGUGCGUAAGGAGGAUUCCCACAUUGACAAGUCUCCAGCUGUGGCGGUGACCCCGCCUGCCCCUGGUGUGAACAGUGGUGGUGACCAUCCCCCCUCGAUCCCUCCGGGUGGAGAUAUGUAUGCUGACGGAUCAUAUUGGAAGAUGAAACGAUAUGCAGAGCAGGCGUCCAAGGGAAAGGUCCAGGCCUCCCCGGAGAUUGGAAAGUUAUGGGGUACACAAGCUGGUCGUUCCUUGCUAGAAAAUCAACAGUUCAACCACUUGAAGAGGACAAUGGUCACCCAUGCAGUCAAGUGGGCCACGGAGAAGGGGUUGGUCAGAACCAACCCCGUUCAUGGAGCAAAAGAGUACCGCGUUGCAGUGUUUGAAAAGUUCAACAACAAGGAGCGUGACAGAACUGCGACAUCGGCGACUGUCGGCGCUGAGGAUCGACGAAUCCUGGUUGUGGUGUGGCACCGGCUCAGCUACCUGGGGCCACAAAGCGUGACAUGUUUCCGGUGCUUCAGCAAGGGCAAUGCCCAUGCAGAGAAACUUUCCAAGAUCGAUAGUGAGAGGGCAAAAGAGUCUUUCAAGAAGAAGGUUACAGGUCUCCUGGUUGGCCUUCAGAAAGAGGAAUUUACCCUCAACAACACGUUGAAGCGUGCCAGGGCUGUCAAGCCGCCUGCUGAACCGAAGCCGAAGUCGGGACGCCGUCGCCGUCCUGGCAAGACCCCGAAAAUUGAACCGGAUGAGAACCAUGAUGACGCUGCAGAUGAGGAUGAUGAAGCCGAGAUGCCUACUCCUGAAGGUGAACUUGCCCUGACACAAGGCCAUGAGCUUGGAGCACUUCGUGAUGGACAAAUCGAGGACGCCGAACUGGCAGAUGAGCUUGCCAGAGAGGUUCUGUCAGAUUAUCUCAUGGGGGUAGGUGUCAACGGACCAGUGCUCCGCUUUGCUGCCAUUGCCUGCAAGGGCGAUUGGGCAUUCGCGAGAAAGGCGUACCAUCUUGAGAGUGGAUGGCAAUGCAAAAGGAUUUGCCACAUUUGCAGUUCUGUAGACUGGCACAAUCCCACGGAUGAAGCAGAGUGGGUGCAGGAACAUGAGGCUGGGAAUGCCCCAACUGCCAUCAAAGUUGGGAACCCCCCGCCCUUCUUGGAGAUCCCGGGCUUGGCGGAUGCCAAGAGCAUGGAACUCGACUACUGUCAUGCCAACCAUCUUGGCAUUGGGAUUGACGCAGCUGCAUCUACAGUGGUCUUACUGGCACGACUAGGCCAUUUUGGCAAUGACAGUUUUGAGCGCAGAUUGUCAGUGGGCUAUGGCGGCUUCAUGUCUUGGACGAAUGACUUCCCGACUAGUCUGGGUGGCAAGGCGUAUGAUACGGCCUUGAUCCUGUCAUGGCUGGAAUCGGAGAUGUGUCAGCCAUCGGAUAUUUGGCGGCAGUUGCGUGCUGAACCGCUGUAUAUGAUGGCUCGCUACUACGUAUCGUGUGCCAACGCUUUCUUUCGCAUCUGCCGAUCUUCUGGAAUCUUUCUGCGCGGCGAGAAGCGGCGAAUGGCUCUGAAGCAUGGCAUGGACAUGAAUGAAGCAUACGCGAAAUGUGCAACGCUGGCAUAUAGGAAGCAGUGGCGCCUGUAUAAGUUCAGACCGAAGUAUCACCUUGUCUGCCACAUUGACGAGGCAGAAAGACCCAAAAAACUCAAACGAGGCAAGAAGGCAAAACGACCCAAAUUUUCUGCCUUGUCGAGG